GAAUGGAUCGGUGUACAUUUUCAGAAGUUGUGAAAGAGAGAAAGAAUGCGUUGUUGUAAAUCGGAAAUGCAGUGCUGCCAGUGCAUUGGUUUAAUACGGGUUAACUGUCAGAUAGUACAGCAAAAAUGAAAUCCUAAACACCUGGUGAAACCUGUUGGAAUAACGAUAACAUAACACGCGGUGUGAUAUUUCACCCAGCUCAGCAAUGACAACGCAGAGCAAUCGACCUGCAGAACGUCUGACACCUUAGAUUCCUGCUUUAUUGUUGAUCCAACAUUUUACUAAUCUUCCUUUUGCUAUGUUAUUUUUUGCUUCUCUUUUAUCUUCUGUCUGACGAACCUGGCACAACAAACAUGACGCCUGACCUCCUUAACUUUAAGAAGGGAUGGAUGUCGAAGUUGGAUGAGGAUGGAGAGUGGAGGAAGCACUGGUUUGUUCUAACAGAUACCAGCCUGAGGUACUACAGAGAUUCAGAUGCGGAGGAGAAAGAUGACCCAGAUGGAGAGAUCUGCCUUCAGUCCUGUGUGAAUGUUUCUGAGUGUGAUGUGGAUAAGAACUAUGGUUUUCUGAUAGAGACACAAGAGGCAAUGUUCACUCUGUCAGCUGUGACCUCUGGAAUCAGGAAGAACUGGGUUGAAGUUAUUACAAAGACUGUACUGCCUAGCAGCUCCCCUGACAUCACUCAGCUGCCAGGUGGCAGGAGUGACAAGGACACCUCCCUCUCCCGCCCCCUGCCGUCCCCUCGCCAUUCCUCCCGCCAGACGCACGGCGACUCUGGUGAGACGGCCACGCCCUCGCCACGUCCGCGCGACCACGCGGAACCGGCCCCGGCAACGGCGACUCGCGGCUCGCCGCCGACCAAUGACAGUGAGCAGGAGGAAGGGCGCUGCAGCAGGCAGCAGAGGCGGCUGGAGGACAGGAGCAGGUGGUUUCAGUCGGAAGCCUCUAGAAAGGCCGCUGCCAGCAGCCCCUGGGACUCUGUGGUGCUGAAGACGGGCCAGGCUCCUCCGUUCCUGUCGGAGGGGGACGUUGAGAAGAGGUGGGCUGAGUUUGAGAGGCAGCCCCUGAGAGAGGCGGGGUCAACACCACUGACUGUAACCCUUGGAAACCACCCAGACAAUGAGGCACUGGAGAGAGAGGCGGAGACUCUGAGGCAGCAGCUGGCGAGUCUGCAGGGCGAUGGAGACGCAGAUGAGCGUGGGCAUUGUGGUCCUGAGGCCCCCUGGGGCCGUAGUCUGGAGGUGAUGGAGAGGGCCCACAAACAAGCACUCGAGGAGCUGCAGAAGCAGCACGACAGGGAGCUGAGGGAGCUGGAGAGCGAGAAGGAGAAGCUACUGAGGGAGGAGACCCAGGCAACUGCCCGAGCAAUGGAAGCAUUGGAAAAGGCACACAGAGAGGAGCUGGAGCGGGAGUUAGAGAAAGUGAGGAGGCAGGCAGGAGGGGAUGCUGACACACGGGCCCCCCACGGAGAGCAGCAGUUAGAGACUCAGUCCCUGCAGAGAGAGCUGGAUGACCUGUCUGAGAGGUACUCACAGAAGUGCCUGGAGCUCAACAGGGCUGAGCAGAGCAGUGCCGAGCGGGAGAGGGAGAUCAGCCGCCGGGAGAGAGAGAUGACUCAGCUGAGGAAGGAGAACCAGGUGAAAGAUGAGCUGCAGUCCCGCUUGACAGAGGAGAUUAAUCGCAUGCGUCCUUCCAUCACUGGUCAGGGAUCAGAGGACACCGUCUCCUUAAGCAACCAUGAACUCAGUUCCUGUGAUCUGGAGAUGCUACUGCGAGUCAAAGAGAACGAGCUGCAGUACCUGCACAGGGAGACUAGCUGCUUGAGGGAUGAAUUGCAUUCUCUCAAUAAGGAGAAGCGGUCGGCUUGCGACCGAUACAAGGAGGUGUACGCGGAGCUGGGCAGGAUGAAGAGCCGCAGCGAGCAGGAGAUCGAGGCCCUGAAGGAGCACCUGAAACUGGCCAUGGCUGCUCUGCAGGAGGGACAGCAGCUGGAGAACAAUCUGGAACAUUGAGA